UGCAAAGCAUACAUAAUGUCAACAAAAGAAAUUACGGUUUUUUUAAUUGUGCUGCAAGUUGGUGUAUUAAUUGAAGGCUUUGGCUUUCGCGGAUUGCAUUAUGAUGGAAUCGAAGAACCUGAAUGGGUUGGCGUGCGCAGAGCGGAUGAUAAAUGGGUUGAACAACCGAUCGAUCACUUCAAUAACCGCGAUAAUCGAACUUGGCUUAUGAGAUAUUUUGAAGAAAGCAAAUUUUUUAAUGGAUCUGGACCAAUAUUGAUCAUGUUGGGAGGAGAGUGGGAAAUAAAUCAGGGUUUUUUGCAUGCUGGUCUAAUGUAUGACAUUGCAGAGCAACAUUCGGCUCUCAUGUUUUACACCGAACACCGUUAUUACGGACAAAGUAGACCAACCGAGGACAUGAGCACGGAUAAUUUGCAGUACCUAAGCGUCGAUCAAGCAUUAGAGGACGUUGCACAUUUUAUAAAUAUAAAGAAAAAAGAAAAAGAUUUGCCAGACGCCAAAGUCAUCGUUUUUGGUGGCUCCUAUGCAGGUAACAUGGCUGCCUGGAUAAGAAUAAAGUAUCCUCACUUGAUACAGGGAGCCGUAUCGAGCAGUGCCCCAGUGAGAGCUAAAACUGAUUUUUACGAGUAUUACGAGAUUAUAACCAAAUCGAUCGAAAAGAACAAUGCCAGCUGCGUCGAGAGUAUUAAAGAAGCGAUCGAUAAGACGGAGCAACUGUUAAAAUAUCCAGAAGGAUUUACAAAGCUCAAGACGACCUUUAAUCUUUGCGAUGAACUGAGCAUUAAUUCGACGAAGGACAUCGCUUUUUUCAUGAGUAACGUGACUGAAUUAUUCGCGUCAAAAGUCCAGUACAACCGAGUCGUGAAUGGAACGAGCUCGAUAGACAACAUCUGCAAAACCAUGGGCAACUCCAGCAUUUCAGAUCCUGUAGAACGCUUGGCCAAAUUAAUCGGUUCGGGCUCGGACUGCCAAAAGUACAAUUACUCGGAAUACAUCGAAAAGUUGCAAAGCCCGGAUUGGGGAAACAGCACAAUGAUGAGGCAGUGGAUCUAUCAGACCUGCACGGAAUUCGGCUACUUCCAGACGACCGACUCGGCCAAAUCAGUAUUUGGCAAAAUCUGCGACCUCGACUUUUACGCCGACAUGUGCACCGAUAUUUACGGCCCUUACUUCAAGAGAAAUCUGGUCGAGCGUGGCGUUAAUCGAACGAACAUCGUUUACGGCUCGGAUGUGCCGGAUGUGACGAACGUCAUUUUUGUCAAUGGAAACGUCGACCCUUGGCACAGUCUCGGGGUCCUUGAGGAUCUCAAUGAUGCGUCACCGGCGUUCCUUAUCGACGGAUCUUCGCACUGUCAGGAUUUGAAUCCCGAUAACAUGGAUGCAGAUCCAGAGGACUUGCUUGAAACAAGGAGUAAAAUUAAAACAAUCGUUUCUUCAUGGCUUAAUAGUACUGAUUAUUCAUCUAAUUGUCGUAGUCUAUGAUUACAAUUGAUCGUUUGUAAAUAAAGUAGAUUUAUGUAGGUGUAAAAUUUUUGUUGCAUAUGGUGCAGAAACAUUUUGCGCCAAGAAAAACAAUUUCCAUCCAAACGUUUUCUCUUACAGGCUAAAAACAAUAUGUUCAAGAGGAAUAAAUGAAAUUUUGUACAUUGAACGGAGAGUUCGAAAGGAGAUGACGCAGCACUGCCUUUUUCUACUCGUGCGUUGCACAUUUGUAACAUGAAAAUA